CCUCUCUGUUCCACCUCCUAUCCUUAUCUCCAUCCUGUUGUUUCAGGCCUCCCUUUCCUUCCUGUCUUAUUCAGGGUGUGUUUGAUUUUCACCUCCUUCCCAGGCGUUAGCUGGCAGAGCUGAGGUGAGGUUAGGGUGAGCUUGUUUUGACCACCCUGCCCUCCCUGUGUCCACAGCCGCAGGACGGGUACCGCAUGGUGCAGCAGUUCCAGUUCCUGGGCUGGCCGAUGUACCGGGACACGCCCGUCUCCAAGCGCUCCUUCCUGAAACUGGUUCACCAGGUGGACAAAUGGCAGGAGGAGUACGACGGAGGGGAGGGCCGCACGGUGGUCCACUGCCUUAACGGAGGAGGUCGCAGUGGGGUGUUCUGCAGUAUCAGUAUUGUGUGUGAGAUGUUGAGACAGCAGCGCUGCGUUGACGUCUUUCACGCUGUUAAAACUCUGAGGAACAACAAACCCAACAUGGUGGAUCUGCUGGAGCAGUAUAAGUUCUGUUAUGAAGUGGCUCUGGAGUAUCUCAACUCUGCUUAACAACAGAGGCUCCUUCGUCCUCUUCUUCCUCCCUCAGUGAUAAUACUGCACAGUGUGACAGGAGGAGGUGGAGGUCGACUACUGACUGAGGCUGAGGAGGAAGAGGAGGAGUGGUGGAGGUGAAGGGGGAAGAGGAGGAUGUUUUGCACUGCCUUGUUGGACACACUGAACUGUCACCAUGAACACAAACACAGGUUUCUGUUUCUGCGUCAGAGUGGAGCAUCCCAUCUAGCUCCCACGAUCCACCUGAACUUCCUGUUCAACAACCAAUCAGAACACACAGAGGAUCCACUGGGCUGAUGGGAUAUGAAGUCUGGACCACGUCCAAAAAGUCAAAUGCAUCAAAUUAAACAGUCAAUUCUCAGGUUGAGUUCAGAUUUUCACUCCUCACAUCUGAUUGGUCGAAGCGCAGCAUGACAUCACAGCUCAGCACCGUCGACAGGUUUAAAUGAGUGCUAAUUAAUCUAGUUGAUCAAUAUCACUGACUGU